AUGCAACAGCCAUCGGACAUUUAUACAAGAACUGCUAAAACUCUAAACCUAAGAUCGGAAUGGGGGAUAACGCAGCGGCCAACGGACAACGAUGGCUUCCUGCACGCUAGCUUCAAUUUCUCACCUGCUUCCCAUGUAACUUUCGGAAUGCAAAAAAUGGCAGCGUUUGACGAAUGUAGCGCCGAAGGAAAUUGGUACGAAAGAGAAAACUCCAAUUGA